UCAUCGAAUCCUCUCCCUCUCAACGUCUCCAUUCGAUUCUUACCCUCGUGGCCUCUUCACCUCCAUUGUUGAGCUUCUGAGUUUCAGCUUUCAGGCUUCGAGCGUCCUCUCCUGCAUCAUCGUUUAGCUGCGCCUCUGCUUCGUGACUCUGGCAGCGUUGUUCUGCGUCUCCGUGAAUUUGCCAUUGCCAGGGUGUUUGUAGCAUACCUUACUCCUUCAUUCCCUCCAUUCUCCCUGCUUCGUCUUCUUACUUCUUAUCCUCUGCCUUUAGCAAGAUAAAUAAAUAUUAGUGUUUCGCUGCCUUUGGUAAUGGGGAGUGAGGCGGAUCCAGUAAAGGAGGCCCAAAUAGUGGAUGCCCGGGCUAGAAACAUCAGUCAUAAUGUGAGGUGCACAGAAUGUGGGAGUCAAUCCAUUGAAGAUUCUCAAGCAGACAUUGCGAUUCUGCUUAGAAAGUUAAUUCGUGAUGAGAUUCGUAGUGGGAAGACAGACAAGGAAAUAUACAAGAAGCUUGAGGAAGAAUAUGGAGAGACUGUACUCUAUACGCCAAAGUUUGAUUUGCAGACUGCAGCUUUAUGGCUAUGCCCUCUUCUAGUUGCAGGUGCGGCAGCUGGAGUAUGGGCUUACAACAAGCACAGGAAGAAGACUAAUGUUCAUAUCAUGGCUUUGAACCUUAUCAGAGGUGUUCCAUUGACCCCAAAAGAAAAACAAACCAUGCUUGAUCUUCUCACACCACCCCCAUCACAGAAUCCAAGAACUCCCUUCUGGUGGAGGAGAUGGCGAGGGUAAUGAUCUCAUACUGUCUCCUUUCAGGAUUUGGAUCAAUCCCUGCAUCGUUA